AUGACAGAGCGUUAUGACUGCCACUACUGUAAGGAGUCACUGUUUGGGAAGAAGUAUGUUCUUCGUGAGGAGAACCCAUACUGCGUGAAGUGCUAUGAGAGCCUGUACUCCAAUACCUGUGAGGAGUGCAAGAAACCCAUCGGCUGCAACAGCAGGGAUCUGUCCUACAAGGACCGUCACUGGCAUGAGGACUGUUUCCACUGCUUCCAGUGCAAGCGCUCACUGGUGGACAAGCCCUUCUCCACUAAAGAUGAGCAGCUGCUGUGCACCGAGUGCUAUUCUAACGAGUACUCCUCCAAAUGCCAUGACUGCAAGAAGACCAUUAUGCCUGGCUCGAGGAAGAUGGAGCAUAAAGGAAACAGCUGGCAUGAGACCUGCUUCACCUGCCAGCGCUGCCAGCAGCCAAUUGGCACCAAAAGCUUCAUCCCCAAAGACAACUAUAACUACUGCGUGCCCUGCUACGAAAAGCAGUUUGCCAUGCAGUGUAUUCACUGCAAGAAGCCCAUCACCACUGGCGGUGUGACGUACCAUGACCAGCCCUGGCAUAAGGACUGUUUCUUGUGCACUGGCUGUAAGCAACAGCUGUCUGGCCAGCGCUUCACCUCUCGUGACGACUUUGCCUACUGCCUCAACUGCUUCUGCAACUUGUACGCCAAGAAAUGUGCCUCCUGCACCACCCCCAUCAGUGGACUCGGAGGAAGCAAGUACAUCUCCUUUGAGGAACGCCAGUGGCACAACGACUGUUUCAACUGCAAAAAGUGCUCAGUGUCUCUGGUGGGCAGAGGUUUCCUCACCGAGAGAGAUGACAUCCUGUGUCCCGAGUGUGGCAAAGACAUCUGAAAGCAUGCAUGGAGAAAACAACCAAGCAUCCACAACGCUUAAAAUGAAACAAUGAAUAGAUUUAGGCACUCCAUGGAAACAUAGUAGAGCAAAGAUUAUAAUAGAGUAACAAGAGACAGAUU